ACAUUUUUUUGUGCAAAUUAUGAAGCUUCGAGUAUCGGCGACCAUGACCAAUGCACCAAUAGUCCUAACCCUGGACUGUGACAUGUUCUCAAAUGAUCCACAAACCCCUCUUCGUGCUCUAUGUUAUCUCUUGGACCCUCACAUGGACCCCAGGCUAGCUUUCGUUCAGUUUCCUCAAUACUUCCAUGGCCUCAACAAGGAUGACAUUUAUGCUUCUGAAUUGAAAUAUCCCUUUCAAAUUGAUUCUCAUGGAAUGGACGGCUUGUGGGGCCCAGUCCAUAUGGGCACCGGAGGCUUUUUUCGUCGCCGGGCUUUCUUUGGAGGCCCAUUUUCAUUUGUGGCCCCAGAAAAUCCUGAACUAAGCCCAGAUCAUGUUCCAAAUAAGCCCAUCCGGUCCAAAGAAGUUUUGUCCCUGGCGUACCAAGUUGCUGGCUGCAAUUUUGAUGCCCAAACCAAAUGGGGCUCCAAGAUGGGAUAUAGGUAUGGAUCAUUGGUUGAGGACUUCUACACCAGUUACAGGUUGCAUUGUGAAGGGUGGAGAUCCAUUUUCUGCCAUCCCAAAAGAGCUGCAUUUUUGGGGGAUGUUCCAGUGACUCUGAAUGAUGUGCUGUAUCAAAUUAUGAGAUGGUCAAUGGGCCUCCUUGAAGUGGGCUUUAGCAAGAAUAGCCCAUUAACUUUGGGCUUAUGGUCCUUGAACCCCUUCCAUGCCCUUUGUUUUACACACUACUCCUUGUGGCCCAUUUCGGGGAUUCCAAUAACUACGUAUGCUUUCUUACCACAGCUAGCUCUCCUCAACUCUUUCUCAAUCUUCCCAAAGGUGUCAGAUCCUUGGUUUUUCAUGUAUGCUUUUCUUUUCCUUGAAGCCUACGCACAAGAUUUUAUCGACUUCAUGUUAGCCGGAGGAACAAUCCAAAGGUGGUGGAACUCUCAGAGAAUGUGGAUACUUAGGGGGGUCUCAAGUUUCUCCUUUGGACUAGUUGAAUACUUCUUCAAGUCCUUAGGCUUAACCAAAUUUGGAUUCAAUGUGACAAGCAAGGUGGUUGACAACGAACAAGGCAAGCGAUACGAGCAAGGAAUUUUUGAAUUUGGAGUUGAAUCACAAAUGUUUUUGCCGAUAACAAUGGCUGCUAUAAUCAACCUAGUUUCGUUUGUCUCUGGCAUCAUUCAAGUCUUGAGCAAUGGAUUGAGGUUUGAAGAUGUGUUUACGCAAUUGUUCAUAGCUGGUUUUGGAGUGCUGAAUAGUUGGCCUGUUUAUGAAGCCAUGGUGUUAAGAAGUGAUAAAGGGAAGUUGCCUACAAAGAUCACCUUGACAUCAGUAGUUCUAUCAUGGCUUCUUUACUUGGUAUCCUCUUGGGCAUUUUAAUAUGUUAAUGGUUGUUAUGAUUUUCACAAUUCUAUUCUCAUUCUUUGUUUUAUGUAGUAAUUAUUGGGGGGAAGACUUGAGCACCAAAAUAAAAAUAAAAAAGUUGCUCAUGCAUUAUAAGAAAGGGUGAAUUCAUGAAUUUUUCUUUGUUUAUUAAAUUGUAAUUCAUGACUUUCAAUUGAAGAAAUUGAAAUUUCGAAA